AUGAUUUUUAAAGUUUUAUUAUUAAUUCUUACUAUUGCUAAUUGCUGUACUUUAAAUUAAAUUCAAAAAAAAACAAGAAUUCUAAGAGGAAACUAUAAAGAUGUGCUUAACUUUCAAUAAAUUAAUUUAAUUAGUAGAUACAAUACUUAUUUUAAUGGUGGCCAGAUGAACUCUUAAUUAAAUCGAGAUGCUAUUUAUUAUGUGAAUAGUGCAAUUGGCUAUACAUAUUGUUCUCUUCAUAAUUCUAUUGAAAUAACAUUAUUUAAAAAUUAUGAACUCAACACUGUAGUUGUUGAAAUUUGGGAUCGUUUAGUUGAUGUACAUUAUGAUUUUGAAAUAUAUAUUUCAUUCUUAGAAUAGGAAAAAAAGAUUUAUGAAAAUGCAUCAUUUGCAGGAGUCAUUAAAAUUAGAUUUAAAGACCAAUUAGUAGAUAAAAUUAGAAUAUACAAUAGAGGAGGAUCUAAUUAUAAUGGAUUUCUAUCAAUUAUUAAAGCCUAAGCAUUCUAUCAUCGUUACAAUUGA